UACGCAUGCGUACCUGGGUGUCUGUGCUCCAGGCUGCUCUUGCUCGCUAGUUUUGUUCCGCCGACUUCUCCCGAAAGAGCGCCUACUGGAGAGUAAAUAUGUCAACGAGCGACUUCUAUUUGAGAUAUUAUGUUGGGCACAAGGGGAAGUUUGGACACGAGUUCCUGGAAUUUGAAUUCAGACCCGACGGUAAACUGAGAUAUGCGAACAACAGUAACUACAAGAACGACGUCAUGAUCAGGAAAGAGGCGUACGUACACAAGAGUGUGAUGGAGGAGCUGAAGAGGAUCAUCGAUGACAGUGAGAUCACCAAGGAAGACGAUGCUCUGUGGCCGCCUCCCGACAGAGUGGGCAGACAGGAACUGGAGAUCGUCAUUGGUGACGAACACAUUUCAUUCACAACUUCCAAAAUUGGCUCCCUGAUUGAUGUCAACCAGUCAAAGGACCCCGAAGGUCUUCGCGUGUUCUACUACCUGGUGCAAGAUCUGAAGUGUCUCGUCUUCAGUCUCAUCGGCCUGCACUUCAAGAUCAAGCCCAUCUAAAAAAAAAAAUCUGGAUUUGUUCGUUUUAAUUGCUUUAGCUGAUGUUUCUGUUGUUGAACUACCGCAUUUUGUACAUUUGCUUUUGAUGGAACAGUUUUUUUAUUUUAAAUAAAGGGUGAGGAAAAUCUUA